CUCCUGUUCAUAUCCAUACAUGCCCUCAUCCGAGCUUCCAUAUAUAAUUGGAUCAUAUCACAUAACUUCAUGGUAUUUCAACGGUAUUCAUCAGAAAAAGGUUCUAAUAUCUCCUAUUGGAUAUUUCUGUGUUAUCCAAUUCCUUGCGAUAAUAUAGUCCGAAUCGGUGUGGUUUUCCGCGCAAGGGACAGUAUCAUCUUCUCAAACAAUCAUACCAAAUUGAAAAGGACCCAACAAAAAAAAAUCCGUAAAAAUACCAUAUCUCCUAUUCUAUUCGUCUUAAACUCUUUUUCUAUUAUCUUUCUGUUUCUUCAUAUCAUCAUCUCAUAACCCGCAAAUUACCUUUACCAAUACGAAAUUGGUUCAUUUUGUUCACAAAAGCCGCUCAAGGCUCCUAGCUUACGCACAAUAACUCCCAUACAAGGGCCUUGCUCUCCAAAAGGCGAUGGACGUAUUGUCCGACAUCAACUCAAGCCAUGUCCUCGUGCCUGAGCUUGAAAAAGCGGCCUCGAGACGUGCGUACGCCAACUUCCAGUACAGUUGGUCAAAGCGUACCAUGCUCGCUUUAGUUGAUAGUUCACAGACAACUCAACGAUCGUUACAGCGACAACUUAGUCUGUCCGAAAAUUCCUCCUGUACGUCCUGUGAUUUGAAUUCGGAAACUUCCACUGACUGUACAACACCCACUUCAAUUGGCCAGAUGCCAGAGGACCUUGUGUUUCGGCGUAAGCAAUCCAUCAAGCGAACAUAUGCUUUUAAUGAGCUGAUAGAUACCGAACGGGUGUAUGUCACCGACCUUCGCGUGAUGGUAGAGACCUACUUCAACGCUAUGCAAAAACAAUCAUGGAUAACAACGGAAGACUUACGAAUAAUUGCCAGAAACAUAAAAGAUAUCCUUGAGGUUCAUGUCAGGUUACUGGCGAAAUUAGAAGCUUGCUCACAAAAUUAUCAUUGGGAGAACAUACAUAAUCGAUAUUGUCAACUAGCCGAUGUUUUUGUGACUAUGGGACCCAGUUUCAUGGUAUAUGCUGAAUUUUGCGGCUCACACUCAAAGGCAACCAAGAUUUGCGCAAACUAUCAGGCGCGGCCCGAGUGGAUAUCCUUUUCAAAAAUGUGUCUCCUUGAAUCUGAUACAGCAACCAUGAAUGACGAAGCUUCAUCCACAGCUUCAGCAAGCACACGUCUUCAUUUGGAUGACUAUCUGAUUAAACCUAUACAACGAAUAUGCCGAUAUCAACUGUUACUAAAGGAAAUAUUGAAAAGCACGGAUAUGGCCUCUUUAGAAUAUGAAAAGUUGAAACAUGCCUAUGAUAUAAUGCAAACAAUUGUAACAUCAGUUGACGAACGGAAGAAUCAACGCGAUCUAGCGGAUCGGUCUCAAGUAUUUCUUGAUCGACUAGAAGAUGACUGGAGACUAGCGAAAUCAUUUGUGUCGAGUUUAGGAAAUAUCUCUAUGAGCGGCGCACUUGAAGUUACAUAUGCGGCAGAUCGACUAUCUGCCACUAAAACACGGUAUAUGGGCUGCUUUUUGUAUUCUACUUAUAUGAUCAUUGUAAAAGCAAAAAAGAAUAGCAUAUACGAAGCAAAGCAUUGGUUCCCUAUCAACAUUUUUGAAGUCAGAGAUCUUCCAGAUACUGAAGGCCUCUCGCUUUCCUCAUUUAUGCUUGUAUCAAAUGGACAUAUGUUUGAAUUCUCGGCAUCUUGUCAGCAAGAAAAAAUAUUAUGGAUGAAAUCACUGCGCUCCAACAUUUUGUCGUCUCAACUGACCAUCGAGGAAGCCAUGCGAACGGACGGAAUAGGGAAAAGUGUUCCGGUUUCCUUUUACUACAAGUCUUCAAAUUCCAGCUUUCCAUUGAGGACAUCAAAAUCACAAUCCAGCAUAGCUGUCGCUACCAAAAAGGAAGACCCAGACUCGACACCCAUCCGCCGAUCUAGAUCAAUAACGGUUCAAUGCAGCAAGUCUAUCGAUAAUCUCAUUUUUGCAGCUGGAUACCAUUCUAUGUCAUUUGGAGCAAAGCCAAUUAUCAACCCUAGUAGAAGAUCUUCUGUUGAUCAAAUCUUCAGAUCUAGAUCCAUACUGAAACGAAGUGAUGAUAUUGAAUCCAACUAUACUAUAGAGCUAUUUUCAACUACACCUAGUCCAACAGAGUCAACUGUUGAACAUCAAGAUGGUGGGACAUUCAUAUCAGGGAGUACUCUUUUAACCGUGAAAAGGAUAUCACAACCACGACUAGCUCAGCAAUAUUCAAUCAAGAAUGCAAUUGAUCAGAAAUUUCUGGAUGUGUGCACGCCGGAUUACUUAUCGUCAAGAGCCUGGUACACACGAGAAAGGAACGCUGGAGUCACUCUGAAAAAGAGAAAAUCAUUGCCAUUCAUUCGACCUUCUUCGUCUGCUAUGUCGCUUAGCGCAGUCAAUGUAAAGCGCCGCACCAGUGAUGUUGGUCAUUCCGGAAGACGGAACUCUUUGGACAAGAUUAUGAAGGUGACUCCUUUAGAUGACUAUAUAGCAUUCCAAAAAUCUAUUGUAAGCCAACGAACAGAAGCAGCUCGACGGCCAUCUUUAACCAGCCAAGCGAUCAGAAAUAGUUGGUCGAAAGGUAGUGGAUCUAGCAGAAGCAAGGCUGAUGCAGCCAAUAUACACAAGAAUAGGGGAAAUUCUGGUAUAGCUGACGGUGAAGAUGAAGAAGAUGAGGACGUCGUUGCACCAUGGGAACAGACAAAGCCAGCCGUGAUAGGAAGCGAAGAAAGGAAUACAUAUUUCCAAGCUGAUUUACCAAAGAAUGCAGUUUUGGCAAGUGAGAAGCUGGUUUUAAGUCCUUCUAAACAGUGUUUAGGAAACCUUGGUAUAGCGUCUGGGUUUGCGCAUAACCAAGAGCGUGAUCCUGAGAUUACUAAAUCAGACGGACGGCGCAUCUCUCAAACAUUGAACUUUUGCAAGCCAAAGAGAGCCAUAUCCGCACCACCCAUUUCUCCAAAGACAACGCGAGCGCAACGUUCGCAACGGUCGACUUCUCUACUGGUUCCUAAAAGCAUCAACCCUGUACCGUUAUCUGAGGUCCCACAUCCAACAAUGAAGCGCGCGUCGCUGCCUCCUCCACUGGGACGUACCAUAGAGAUCUCACAACCAACUUCUUUUGCUUACUCCUCUACUCCUCCAUCUACUCCUAAAUCCGCAUUUUUUGAUUCUUUCAAACUCAAGCAAAUCCUUUGGUGGAAAUGAUUAUAAAGCUACUCAAAACACAAUUAUGAAAAAGAAACAUUUGGAUUAGAGCAACUGAAGGUGGAAAAGGAAGAUCAACUCUCACUAAUUCAUGCAUGCAUGCAAUUUGUAUCAUCUGAGAUAUAGAAUGAAAUCAUCAUAAAAAAAGACUUCCUAUCAUUUCUCAC